CGAAGCGGCGAGUGGACGAGUAGGUGAAUAGUUGGUGUGCCGCACGGCAUCAAAAAAUUCAACAUAACAGUAAACACACGCGCUCCUCGGUGCAUACUCGAAGUCGCACGAAAUUAGAAAGAGUGAUGUCCGACCCAAAAAAAAGUAGACACCUAAAUAUAUUUAAUUUUCAUAUAAACACAUGAAAAACGUGUCGUUGUGUACUCUUUGUGCCCUCCUCGUUCUACGUACAUGUUGAAAAACACAAGCACAAAACAUAAACGAAAAUUCAAAAUCGAAACGGUAACAGAUAACGAGCAUAAUAUGGCAUACAUUGCCCGCCAAGGCGGCAAUUGAGAAAUUUUCAAUAAAGUGAAAGUAAAACACCUUCGCCUUUUUCUUUGCCUUCGACCUGCUGCAACGACGACAACGACGAGAGCACACGGUGACCCAGUCACUCGUUGAGACGUCGCCUGCCAUUAUCAACAACUGACCAAUGCCAGAGGCUAGUCAUUGCACCCGAUUGUCGGACAGCGGACAGAUGCUGACAAUAAACAAUAAUACAAGUACAUACUACAUACUCGUAUGUCUAUGAAAAGCAAAAAUCAAAAUACCGACUUCGGUUGUUGCAUUUGAAAUUCAGCAAUUAAUUGAAAUAGAUUAUAAAUACUUGCACAUAUGUAUGUAUGUAUGUAUAUUCAUACAUACAUACAUGCAAAACAAGUUCAAAUUUAAGAUCAAGUUCAGUGUCGCAAUCCUCCAUGUGCACUGCUUUCUAACAGCGCCACAGCGACGGAUAUGAAUUUUAUUUUUAGUUCCAUUCUGAGCUGCAAAGACGCCACAACCACAAAUUACUUGAUAACGCCAGUGUUUUGAGCUCACAUCAGUAGAAGGCAAUCACGUGGUACAUCUGGAAGUCCCGUGCUGCACUGCAAGUGUGUUCUUUUUAUUGUGAAUGCUUAAUACAGCUGUGAUACAAAUAUAAUGACUCGAAAGAAUGAAAAUCCUGAAAAAACAAAGGAGCGCAUCAGCGAGAAUGGCAUGAAAGAUCUGCUCACGAAACAGUUGGAAAUUGUGGGAAGUGGUGGUGCUUUUGUUUGGGCGCUCUUCUUCCUGUGCAUCACACCAAAUAUUUUGAACGGUUUUCAUGUGUCCUCCUACACAAUACUCGGGCAUUUACCCGACGAUCAAUGGUGCGGCAUCGACGACUUGGAUCGCUCCAACUGGACACUAGCUCAAAAGCGCAGCAUAGCCGAGCGCGAGCUGAAAUCGGGUGGCUGCACCGUCUGGGAUUGGGACUACAAGGAAUUGAGUCGAAUGUCCUAUGAUGCGGCGCUCAACUACACCAACCACAUGGCCGAGAUCAAUCAGCCUUCUAUAGUAUCCUGUAAAGUGAAGGGCAACUACGAGUAUGCUCACCCAGAAAGUACUUUUGUGGCGGACUGGGAGCUGACCUGCGAUAGAAGCAUACAACGCACCUCAGCACAGGUUGCCAUAUCGCUGGGGAAGUUUUGUGGUUCCUUUUCCUUUGGAAUUUUGGCUGACAAGUUUGGACGCAAAACCGCAUUUACACUUGGGGCCGCCUUCUUUUUAGUGGGCAGCUUCUUUUGCACAUUUUCUCCCUGGUACAGUCUUUUCCUGAUUGGACGUUUUACCUUAGGUGCUGCUUCAUCUGGCUUGUUCUACCCUGCUUUUACGAUGAUUGUUGAAAACAUUUGCCUGAAGCAUCGUUCCUGGAUGUCAAUUGCUUUCUCGGCCUCCUAUCCUGUUGGCAUGAUUUUGUUAGCCAUUGCCGGCUACCUCAUACAACCCUGGCGCUAUUUGCAGCUAGCUCUCAGCAUUCCAGCAUUACUCCUCAUACUUAACUGCUACUUGAUGGAUGAAUCGCCGCGUUGGCUCAUUACGAAGCAGCGGUAUGAGCGCGUCUAUCGGAUUCUGUUUAAGCAGCCUAGCCACUAUGAGGUAGAGGGAGCAUCGCCAGUUUCCAACGUGAAAGAAAUCGUCACCGAUAAGAAGCCGCUGGAGCCGGAAGAAGAUGUCUCACUGUGGCAGAAAGUAAAAACUGGCCCGCUACAUUCUCUCAUCGAGCUCUAUGCAUCUCCCAAAGUACGAAAGCUGAUCUUUACGUCCUACUUCAUGUUCUGUGUCACAUCGCUAAGCUAUUACGUGACGGCUCUCAAUGCUGCGAACCUCUCGGUCAGUCGCUAUCUAUAUCUGAUCAUUACGGGUAUUGUAGAUAUUCCCUCUUAUCUCCUGCCCGUUGUGAUGCUACGCUUCACGGGGCGACGCAUCACCACAAUGUUCCUAUUCAUGUUGACCGGAAUUUCGCUAUUGCUGGUAUUGGCCGUGCCGGCAGGCAGCACCACAUGGAUAGUUUCGUUUGCCAUGCUCGGUCGGUUUGGCAUCAGCGCCACUUAUUCUGUUGUUACAUUAUAUACGGCGGAGUUGUAUCCCACUGAGAUCCGCAACUCGGCGCUCGGCACCUGCUCAACGUGGGCGCAUGUUGGUUCCAUUUCGGCGCCCUAUGUAGUCGAUGUUUUGGGUCAAAACUUCGGCUGGUACAUUCCAACAACAAUAUGCGGCUGCUGCGUUCUAGUAGCAGGUCUGCUUACUCUGACACUGCCCGAGACGGGAACGGGAAAACUCUCCGAUCGAAUCGAGGAUACGUCUGCCAAUGAAACGGCAAUCGUUAAAUCGUCAACCGAAAAGCCUGAAAUGUAGCAGUUUACAAAUUCGUAGAUAUAGGGGCCAGCUAGUGGGCCAACCUGCUUUGUUAGCAUCGUUAGAAACAUGUAGUAAUCAUGUUGUAAUACACUUAAGUGCAGUACUGUAGUCUGAGUUUUCGUACUCGUACUAUGUUUUGUAUAUCAUGUUCGUAAUUGUUCUCUAUUUAAUUCGUAUAAUGAAUAAAUUAUAUACACUUGA